GCUUGCUCACCCUGCCAUAGGAAUGUGGAAUUUCCACCGUUGACUCAACAGCAAAUCACUUUAACUCUUUUGACCACUGCAGAAAAGUCCUUGUCGGCCGCAUGGUGCUCAUUGCCUCCUCCCCCCCUCCCCCCCCGCUGCUGUAUCCUGGAAGGACGCCCGGGGAGCCUCCGCUGGAGAAUGGCUGGCUGCCCUUCCUCGGCCUCGCGCUGCAGUUCGGGGUCAACCCGCUGGAGUUCUUGCGCAAGCGCCAGCGGCGGCACGGGGACAUCUUCACGUGCAGGAUCGCCGGCAAAUACAUCCACUUCAUCACGGACCCAUUCUCCUACAGCGCCGUGGCACGGCGAGGCCGCCACCUCGACUGGAACAAGUUCGCCUACGAGCUCUCGUCGAAGCUGUUUGGCCACCACAGCAUGGACCCGGACGCCGGCUACACCACGGAGAAUCUGCACCAAACGUUCCUGCGUACGCUGCAGGGAGAGGGCCUGGUGGGGAUGUCCGAGAGCAUGCUGGAGAACAUGCAAAGCGUCAUGCUGCGCGACUCCGAUCGCUCCAAGCCGGUGCUGGGAGCCGAGCACGAGUCACCACCCGAGGCGGCCAGGCAGCGCAGACGCAGCCCCAACUCGGCGGCGCAACCCUCCUGCGCUGAGGAUGCGGCGCAUCUCCUCCCCGAUCCAAAUCGUGUCAAUUUGAUUAAAUCUGAGUCAAGAGGCCAGGCAGACAGGGACAAUGUGGACACUACCGCUUAUACAAAUAAGGGCGAAUCAGUUGGCAGCUCCAGUGACAUGCAAAUCACGCGGCACAGGUGUGCUCAGACAGACGCUCUAAUUCGGCCACCACAAUCCAAGCCAUUGCCACUGCUGGGACACCAGGGCCUGCCCACUGCCUGGCAGCAGAAUGGACUCUACCUCUUCUGCUACAGCAUCAUGUUCGAGGCGAGCUUCAUGACCAUGUUCGGGAAAGAGCUGCAUCAGCAGAACAGUCCCAGGGAGCAUCGAGCCAACAUCCACAGCAUGCAGAACAACUUCAAGACCUUCGACAGCUUCUUCCCUGCGCUGGUCGCGGGCCUCCCCAUCAAGCUCUUUUACUGGGCGCACAGCGCGCGCGAGAAGCUCGCCAAGGAGCUCAAGCAGGAGAAGCUGUACGAGCGGCACAACAUGUCGGCGCUCAUCGCCCUCCGAAUACAACUCAAUGACACGCUGUCUCGCAUGGACGACAUGGGCAAGGCACGCACCCACCUGGCCCUGCUGUGGGCCUCGCUGGCCAACACCCUUCCAGCCGCCUUCUGGAGCCUCUUCUACCUCCUCAGGUCUCCGGAGGCAAUGCAGGCGGCCAGGAAGGAAAUCAAGGAGGUCAUUGGGGACUGCCACUGGAAGGAGGGAGAGCUCCUCAAGUUUAGCGAAGAGCAACUGAACAGGCUCGUCAUAUUAGAGAGCGUGAUCAAGGAGGCGAUGCGGCUCUCCAGCGCCUCCAUGAACGUCCGAGUGGUGAAGGAAGACUUUGAGCUCGCCCUGGACUCAAGCAGAGGGUACCGGGUCCGCAAGGGUGACGUCAUCGCGCUGUACCCACAGCUGCUGCACUACGACCCCGACAUAUUCCACGAUCCGCUGAAAUUCAAGCACGACCGGUUUUUGGACGACAACGGCCAAGAGAGGACAAACUUCUAUAAGAACGGGCGGAAGCUCAAGUACUACUACAUGCCCUUCGGCUCCGGAAUCACCAUGUGCCCCGGACGCUUCUUUGCCAUGAUCGAGAUGAAGCAGUUCCUGCUGCUGGUCAUGAGCCUGUAUGACAUGGAGCUGCUGGACUCGGAGGAGGUCCCGCCAACCCUGGACCAGGCCCGGGUCGGGCUCGGUAUCCUGCAGCCCGCUACAGAUGUUCCCUUCCGCUACCGAAUCAAACCCACGUCUCGCAGCGUCCACCUCUAGUCCUUCUAGCCACGAUCGCACUUCACAAUACACUAUUACCCAACUCUUCCAUAAAGCUCUAUCUCUGUGUAGGAGUGGAAGUCCAGUGCACUGUGCGCUUUACCAAGAAAAGGCUGUGGCCAAUAAUUAACCAUAUUUAUUAAUAAUGUGCAGAAUAGUAAAAGGGAGAAAAAGAAGGGAACCCCCCUCCACCCCCACCCCCGUUUCUGUUCCACUUCCCGACCACGGCGCGUUCGUCCCAACGUUGUGCAGUGCGGCCAGGAGGCCUUGAGUCACCCUGGACGAGGGUGCACGUACAAAGCUUGCCGGCUAUUUGGCCUGCCGCUGCGUUCACAUAGAGUUAUGCUGUCACCUGUGGAAGAGUAAUGGAUGAGAAUCCACAUUUUGGGAACUGAUAGGUCGACUUAAAGAACGUUCCCAACGUGGCCACAGGCGACAAUGCUAGCAAGACCCCACUGUGCCUAUAUAGAGGCUAUGGAUUCACCUGUUCAUGUAUUUUACCCUCGCGAUUUUAAAACGGAUGGCACGUGAACGCUAGCUGAGGGGUGCACGAGUGGCAGGAACUACAGCUGGAUGCAGAAAAUGUUUACAUCUACCUCAUUGUCCACAUUGACAUUUGGAUUAAAAAGGGAAGAUGUCGUGCUUCCGGAAUAUGGGCGCAGCUCAAUGGCAGACUCCCAGUGGGAGCGGCGCCUGUACGACCGAUGCCAGAUUAAGCCAAGGUAACGUCAUUGUGUGAUAUGAAUUAGUUAAUAAAAUACAGCCCUUUGUCAAUCUGCUACUGCUGGAUGAAAAAAACAACCCCCAUGCCAUGGCAGUCAUGGGGAUUGUUUGACCAUACUUCACCAUGCUGGUCACUUAAAGGUUUCAGAUAGUACCCACUGCUGAUAUUAGCUAUGCCCUGGAAUGAAACUCAGGUCAUGGGGUUCAAAGUGCAGUGCACUAACCACUGCCAUUUAACAAAAAAAUGAUCUUGAAAAAAGUUUUGUUUGACUUUGGUUGUGUAUCAAACUGUGCCCAUGCUCGACCCCUGCUUUAACUGUGUGCCAGUAUCUAUUAAGUGUACUGCGAACAUCGGCCACACACUGCUGCGACUGCAGCAGUAUGAGAAUCACUGAUACGAUUUUGAGUUUGAAACAAUAUCUUUGAAACAAAUUUUCUUAAUUGUAUAUAUGUUAUUUAUUUUAUAAAAUCGUGAAUUCUUCAAUAAUAAUAUAACUGUUGCUUAAAGCGAUGGGCCAAGAAACACCCGAGUCUGUGCUGCCUGGGUGAAAAGUGGCCAAACUUCGCUCAGUAAACGCAAGAAAAUAAAUUUCCAUCGUGUUCGGAGCACGAAGUAAGCCACCGAUGUGAAGGGGAACCCCGAUUUGCGUGCAGCCUGCGGGACCAUGGGCCCUCUGGUUAGCACCAACGAGGAAGUGAGAGUGGGUGGCGUUUUUGACGCUCGGGUGUUGAGGACUUGAGAAACAUUUGGACUUACGUUUGUCGCCAAACUGGCAAACUUGUCCACAUUUUUUUUUAAACAAAAUAAGUACAAUAGAAAUGAGUCUGCAUCGAUGGUGCGGGGCUUUAGGGAAAUAUUAUAAUCCAACAUAGGUUUGGCAACAUUUGUCGGAAUGCGUUUGGAACGGUAUAAAUGUACGGUUGCCAAGAAAACUUAAGACGAUGUCCUGCUAAGUGGCACCCAGCCAGUGGUGUCUUGUUGGCACUUUAGCAGAGUCUGCAUCGAUGGUGCGGGGCUUUAGGGAAAUCAUGGAUAAGCAAAGCAAAAUAGGUAUUUAAGUUGGGCAUUAUACAUCUUUGUUCAUUAUGCAUAAUUGCUGUAAAAUAAAGCAACGUGUUGAAUAU